AUGAGCAGCAAAGAAGAGCCGAGCAAGUGCUGUCCGGCGGCUGCUCCCAUCUCCAGUUUCACCAUCCAGUCCAUCCUGGGCAGCGGCAGCGCCGAGCCCCCCCGGGAAGCCGCGGACAGAGCGCCCGCCUGGCCCGCCCGCGCCCGGACCCUGUCCCUGUCCUCGGAGGACGAGGAGCCGGAGGAGAGCUGGAAGCACCGCGGCUGCUUCUGCCCCGAGGCUCAGGGCCCCGCCGAGGCGUGCCGCAAGCACCAGCCCCCCCUCAGCUUCACCUGUCUCGGCAGCGCCAAGGGGAGCGGAGCGGCGGCGGCGGGCAGCGGGGAGCGGGGGCCCUUCCUCUCGCCCCCCCAGCAGGACUGUAAGGACGAGAAGGAGAAGCCGCUGGGACCCUCCUCGCCGUCCUGCGGGGAGCGGCAGCGCGAAGGCGGGGACCGGCAGGCCGGCGCCGCCAAGAAGAAGACGCGCACGGUGUUCAGCCGCUCGCAGGUCUAUCAGCUGGAGUCCACCUUCGACAUGAAGCGCUACCUGAGCAGCUCGGAGCGGGCCUGCCUGGCCUCCAGCCUGCAGCUCACCGAGACCCAGGUGAAGACGUGGUUCCAGAACCGCAGGAACAAGUGGAAACGGCAGCUCUCGGCCGAGCUGGAGGCGGCCAACAUGGCCCACGCCUCGGCGCAGACUCUGGUGGGGAUGCCGCUGGUGUUCAGAGACAAUUCCCUCCUGCGAGUGCCGGUGCCCCGGUCCAUCGCCUUCCCCGCUCCUCUCUACUACCCCGGCAGCAACCUCUCGGCCUUACCGCUCUACAACCUCUACAACAAGAUCGACUACUGA